AAUCAAUGACGCGGAUCUCUCGUCCUGCUUUUCAAGUGAGCUACUGUCCUUGAUGACAGUCUUCCUAAUUUAAAGGUAGUCUAUUGAAACAACGUGCCAGCAGCAGCAUUAUAGUGCAAUCGUAGUGACACAAUAUUCUAUGACACAUCAUAAGUCAACUGUAAGUUUAAGUUAAGUAUAAAUUACAUAAUUAACACUUUAGAUUGAAAGUAACUAAAGUACUUUACCUGGGAUGUUAUUUCUUCCUUUUUAACCAAUAGCUUAAAGUAAUGGUUUUCCACCAUGUAACUGCUUCAGGAGUUUCCAUCCAGCAUUUGCUUUUUCUAUCACGUGGAGUGCAAGUAGCAAAGGCUGACUUGCCUGGCUUUAUCUCAUUGAGAGAUGAAACAUCUCCACAAACAUCGUCAUCUUCACAAAGAUGUCCAGUCCUGUUUCGUCCCAAAUACCAUUACCUGGAUGACUGAGAACCUACACAGACAUAUCCACUAUCAUUCGGUUUCCAAUUUCAGCCAAUCAGCAUUCGACUUAUGCACAGUGUUGUUCGUGUAGCCGGUUAGAGGGAAGUCUGGGCACCUCUGCAUAGUCUGCUACCCUCAGUUUGGUACUCUAGGUCACCCAUUCAAUUUCUAGAACUCAUAAAGUGGUGUUGACACUAGCAGCUGGUUUCUCAACAUCUGGCAAAUAAACGAACCCUGAAUUCUUAUUACCAAAAUGUAUUUUGUAAUUGUAGAUGUUCCUAACUGUGUACCUCAGCAACAAUAACCAACACUUUAGUGAAGUCCCCAUCACACCAGAGACACUGUGCAGAGAUGUGGUGGAGCUCUGCAAGGAGCCUGGCGAGUCCGACUGCUAUCUGGCUGAGAUAUUGAGAGGCUCAGAACGUGUUGUUGGAGAAGGAGAACAGAUGCUGGAGGUGUUGCAGCGAUCAGGACAGCAGAGGGGAGAGGUACGUUAUCUCCUCCGUCACCAAAGAGCACCUGGACGAGAAUCAGUUGGAUCCAGGGCUGCAGAUCAGAUGAUGAAGAGAAACCAGGUGAAAGCCUCUUUGGAGAGAUGUCUGGAGAACGGGGUUUCAGCUCCUUGUCUGGACAUGACGCUCAAUGAGCUGCACGACCUGGCAACCCGACAGCAGCAGCAGAUCAGUGCUCAGCAGCAGCUGCUGGCCUCCAAG